UCUUUAAUUAUUGUUUUUAAUUAAUUGAAUAUUAGAAGAAUGGGAAUUUCUUUUCCUUUUCUUGCUCGCUGUGUAAAUUCUCUUGGGGGCAAGAUCUUCCGUUUCACACCUGCCAAUCUCAAAGCCAUGGUUGAAGAGUCUAGGGCUUCACAACCUAAAAUCCAACCAGGUCUGUUUCUGACUUCUUGUUUCCCUCUGGUUUCUUCGCUGUUGUAGCAAAAUAUCAAGUUUGGAUGUCUAAUCUGCAUAUGGGUUUUCAUUUUCUUGCUUAAUUUUCCAUGUACCCGGUUCCAUUUCGCCUCCCUGUGUAACUGUCUUGCAGCCUUCAAAUGGAAAUUUAAUCCUUCCAUGAAUCGAGAUUUUUGAAGGAAUUUAUGGUUACAACUCACGGCCCACCUGGGUUUUUGUUUUUUCUUAAAAUGGGUUUCUGUUUAUCUGUCUAUCGGAGGUAGGUUAUGGAGUUUGUAAUGACUUCCCUUCUGGGUUUCUAGGGUUUUAAGCGUUAGGUUUUGGUUUUGGGGGUUGGGGAAGGAUGGAGGAGGUUGAGGAAGCCAACAGAACAGCUGUAGAGAGCUGCCAUAGGGUCCUGAGUCUUAUAUCUCAGUCCCAAGAUCCGGUUCAGUACAGAAAUUUAAUGGUGGAAACAGGUGAGGCUGUGUCCAAAUUCAAGAGAGUUGUGUCCCUCCUUAGUGCCGGUACUGGUUUGGGUCAUGCAAGAGUCAGAAGGCUGAGGAAAUGUCAAUCCUCUUUCCCCUUGAAGAUCUUCUUAGAUAACUCAAGUUCUUCAGCAAAGCCUCUGCAACUUCUCCAACCUAGUUUUCUUGAAAGCCCAGUUCAGGAGAUGGUUACUGUGGCUUCAGCACCUAAGAAUCCCAUGCAACUUCCCCCUAGAAUAUUUAUGGAAAAUCCAGCACUUGAAACUGGUUCUGCUGCUAAGAAUCCUCUCCAGCUUGCCCAACAAACACCACCAACACACUAUCAAUUCCUCCAACACCAGCAGCAGCAACAACAACAACAGCAUCAGCAGCAGCAAAGAUUUCAGCUUCAGCAGCAACAGAUGAAAUUCCAAGCUGAUAUGAUGUAUCGUAGGAGCAACAGCGGCAUAAAUCUUACGUUUGAUAACUCUAGUUGUACGCCCACUAUGUCCUCAAACAGAUCUUUCAUCUCAUCUCUGAGCAUGGAUGGCAGUGUAGCCAACUUGGAUGGAAAGGCCUUCCAUUUGAUUGGGGCUCCGCAAUCCUCUGAUCGCAACUCACAACCGAUUACGAAGAGGAGGUGCUCUAGUAGAGAUGAUGGUAGUGUGAAAUGUGGAAGCAGUGGCAGAUGCCAUUGCUCAAAGAGGAGGAAACAUAGGGUGAAGAGAUCUAUCAAGGUUCCCGCCAUUAGUAACAAGCUUGCAGAUAUCCCUCCUGAUGAGUAUUCAUGGAGGAAGUACGGCCAGAAGCCAAUCAAGGGUUCUCCACACCCUAGGGGAUAUUAUAAAUGUAGCAGCAUGAGAGGUUGCCCGGCAAGGAAGCAUGUAGAGAGAUGCUUGGAAGAUCCUUCAAUGCUUAUUGUUACUUAUGAAGGUGAGCAUAACCACUCCAGAGUUCUAUCCCAAUCUGCUCACACAUAGACUUGAAGCAGAGUUUUCUGAAGAUCACCAUCUCAAGAACCUGCCAAUCAUAUCCAUCCAGACCUGGUUUUGUGAUUGGUUUUGACUUGCUCCUGUAUAUAAUAUGUGUGGUUCAAAAUUGAGAUUAUAGAUACUGGAGGCUUUUUGCUGGAAUCAAAAGUAAGCUUCCCAUGCCUUUUGGACCUCUCUGGGUAAGCAGGUAAAAAAUUCUGGACAAAGGGGUUGGAAAUUCUGUGAACUUCUUCUGUGACAGCAUAAAUUCUGUUGAGGGUCUCUAAAUCAAAUGCAAUACCUUUAGAGUGGCGCUCUCAAAAAAAAUUUUGAGCAUGUAUUCAUUUUUUUAGCUGUUACAAUAGGUCUAGCAUGGUAGCUAUGUAGUAGUUAAGAAUUUUAAUCUUUAGAUUCUUUACUUUUGAGGAGGGGAUCACUCAACCAACACCAAUUUGCAUCUCAUUUAAAGCUUACCAUUAGUCAAGAAUUAAUGCUCGGUCCCAUCAUCUUUACAAGUUGGUACUGGUGAUUCUGAGCUGCUGGCUUGCUGCCACACUUGUGCAUUUGGAAGUUGUCUGAGAAUCUGAGCAAUCAGAUAAAAAUUAUGGGAGCGGUCAAUGAAUCUCUGUGUAUAUGUUGGUUGGAUCGUGCCGUAGUCUGGCACUCAGUAUGCGUACGUUAUGGGCGCUGUGCCUGUGUGGCUCAUAUCAUGUCCUUGUUGCCUUUUGAUUGAAAGCUUCUGUGUAUCUUGGAUCAUGCACCAACUGCAACUUGUUGACUUAAUUGCAGUUCACAGUUGAAUGAAUCUGUAAGAGACGGGCUGUUUUACUUUGUUCCAAAGUGAUGGACCUGAGCCCCUUCGAGUCUUGAGUUCGACUCGUUUAAGCUCUUUUUUCACUGAAUGGGCAUUUUCAACGUAGUUUCCUUC